AUGGGCGAGGUGGACAAGACCGAGGUCUACCUCCGGUACCUCCCUCGAAGCGCCACGGAGGAACAGAUCAGGGAAUUAGUGAAAGGAUGCGGAACGAUCAAACGGGUUUGGAUCGGUAAGGACAGGGACACCGGCGAGUGCAAGGGAUUCGCCUUUGUCAACUUCUCAAAGAACAGAGAGGCUCGGGAGUGCGUAUUACGAUGUAACGAGCACCCGAGGAACUACCUGGACGGGAAACACGUCGUUUUCGAACACGCCAAGGCGUGGGAGGGUAACACGAAACCGGAGAAGUCGAGCGAGCGCGACGGAGGCGGAGGCGGAGGCAGAGGCGGCGGCUCGCGCGCGAGCGGAGGCAGAGGCGACGCGAAAUCGAGCGAGAACGGGAACAAGGUUCACGAUGGGAAGGUUCGCAAAAAGGUGCACUCGAAGAAUCGCUUAGGGGCGAAGGCGAGGCAGAGGGCGAAGAAGCGCGCGGCGAAGGAGGCGGCGGGCGGCGGCGACGUGCGCCCAAACGAACAUUCGCUCGCGGUCGCCGCCCCGAAGUCAACGAGUGUACGCGUGUUGUAA